UAGUAAUUAGAAUCCGUAAUUCGCGCCAUUAUGGAAAUUGGAGAAGUUCAAUAUGGUGGUACAGUCACUGUCACCAUUAGAUGACUUCAGCGCUUGUUGAUUCUUAUUUGAUCACUGUAUAAAAACGACAUUUUGACUUUUUAUUUUGCAAGCAAUGAAAGAUAUGGUAGCUACUAUAAGUAGUGCCAGAGACUGGCCGUGGAAAGAUAUGCAAACCAUCGACAGCUUGCUUCGUUGCUCAAUAUGCGGGGAGUUUUUUACAAAUACUAAUUUUAUUCCAUCAUGCUCUCAUAACUAUUGUUCUCUAUGCAUACGAAACUAUCUUAAUGUUGAUUCAAAAUGCCCAAUGUGCGGUGUACCUGUUCAAGAUAGCCAACUAAGGAACAACAGAAUCAUAGAUGAAAUUGUGAAAAGUUUUACAAAAAUAAGGAAUGAUCUGUUACAGUUGUUGAAAAGCUCUUCAUCAAAAGACACAACUAGAGUUGAAGUAAAAUCAAAGACCUCUGGGAAUGAGACGCAUCCCUGUAAGAAAGGUGAAACACCUCGUGCAGAUAAAAAGUAUUCUCAUAAGCGAAAUCGUCAAGAUUCCAGUUGUUCUUCAUCAAGCAAUGAACAAUGGUCACCCAGUCUUCAACACAAAAAACUUAGGAACUUAUGUGAUGAUAGUUCAGAUACUUCUGAAGAGUUGAUACAAGAAAACAAUAAAAAAGGAAGUCAAUCAUAUGUGUCAAAACAAAAAAAGAAAACAUCCUGCAGAAAUGAAGAAGAUUUGAUAUCCUGUCCAGUAUGUGAACUGAAAAUGCCCCAGAGUAGAAUAAAUCUUCACCUAGAUUCGUGUCUUGGAAAUAAACAUCAAAAUGAGGCCAAAACAUUAGCAUGCUCAUCAAAGAAGUCGGAGGACAAAGAAACCCAUGGAAAGUCCGCAGUUUUUGGUGCGAACUCCCUCAUUCCUCUAGUAAAGGGAAGAAAGCCAAUGAAUAAACUCGUGUACAAGCUUUUGUCAAAUACUGAGCUCAAGCGGAAGAUGAAAGAACAUGGACUGUCAAUCAAGGAAGAUAGGCAGACUUUAGUUAAACGGCAUCAGCAGUUUACGAUAAUGUAUAAUAGCGAAUGCGGCAAAGAAAAACCGAAAUCUGUCGGUGAAAUCGUUCGUGUAGUUGAAGAAGAGGAAAAGAAGAAAAAAAGGCCAACGGAAUUUCGUGAAAAAUUGAAUUUUGAUCGAGUUCAAGGUCAGGAAGAAAUUGACAAAAUGAAAAGGGAUUAUAUGGCUCAAAACGAGAGUCAGUUUACUUCUCUUGUCAACCAGAUCAGAAAUAGGAAAAAGAAAAACGAAGCAGGAGCAUCAGGCGAGAAUUUAUAAAUCUAAGAUUUCUUCAUAAUCCAGUUAUGCCGUAUCUUAUCAGUGCUUACUCCAGUUCAUAAAGAUACCGUAGAAACCUUUGAAAUUCAAGUUUUAUACCACGGAAAAAAGGCGAUUUGAACUAUGUUCAAUCAUAUAGAGCCAGUAUGAAAAUAUUCUUACUCAUUUAAGACCAACUGUAACUAUUGUUUGUAGAAAUUCUGCGAGUAUAUCUAUUAUCCAUUGCAACUAAAUAACUGUGUUUCUACAUAACCAACUGUAUUUUAACAAAAUUAGUUUUUGAUGCAUUGUCAUUACUGGAAAAGUCUUAACUGAAUUCGCUUUUUUAUAUUGGUACUCCGUCGAUAAGUUUCGUCUUACUUUACGGUGGAGAAUAGUAGAAAUGUCGGUAUUACCUAUGGCGGAAUGAACUAUAAAUAAUGUUGUAAUAAUUUUGUAGGUGUCAACAUGUUAUACACUUUUAUUUUUACCAUUAGUUGAUUCAUAAAUGACUUAGCUUAUUAAACUUAGGUCAUUUAUGCCACAUGCAGUAAGAGUUGCAAUGCAUACUUACACUUAAGCUUAUAUCCUUGUCCAUGCUGUAUAAUACGGUUUAGAGUGAGGAUCUUAUCUCUCACUGAUCCAAAUUCUCUUUCCAUUUGUUUGGUUUUAGACGAAAAAGGCAAUGAUAAUGGAGGGCAAACUCCUUGCUCAAGCAAAAAGAGUAAUACAACUUUUUCAGAUGAUGAUGCAGCUAGUACCAGUAGCGGUGCUGACUUUGAACCAGCGAAAACACGUUACAGCACGCCACGUAGAAAGUCUCGUAGAUCUGUUACAGAAAAACGUCAACUUCGAAGUAGAGCGACAAUUCUUAAAGUUAUAAACGAAGCUGAUGAUGCUACAACAAACACCAACACGAAGAUCAUUGAUGAUACUGCAAAUACUGCGAAUUCCAUGGAGGCCACUUUUACCUCUGAUAACAUUCCUGAUCCACCUUCACCUUCUUUGCUUGCAAAUAUUGCAAAGGAUUCUGAUGGUGCUGAUGUUGAAUACUGUGAAUGCAACGAGUAUGUAAGUUCACCUCAAGCUGACAAUGGUAACGAAUCAGAAGAAAUGAUAUUUUGACAUGUAAAUAUUAUAAAUGUGCAAAUCUUUACUAAUGACUUACAAAGAUAAAAAUUAUUAAUCAUUAAAUAUUUUCCAUUGUUGUUGAAAGCACUUUUCAAGUUGUAGUGUAAAAGGAAUCAUGUAUAUUCAAAUUAUUACAAACAAAUUAUCCUGCCAUCUAUUAUUGACUUUAGUCGUUUUCCUUAGUGCAUAUGGUCCUUAUUUUAAGGAUUAAUAACAAUGUGAAAAAAUUCCAGCUGCUAAAAGUUUUUAUGUAAAAGUAUGUUGCCUUUUUCCAGUCCUGAUAAUUAAAAAACAUUCCUAUUUUGCAAAUUAACUAAUUAACAGUUGUCAAACUAGCAAUUAUGAACAGUUCUAAAAAAAUAGACAAUAAAUAUAUAGUUACAUAUGUCAAGCAUAAAAAAUAAUAAAAUGCCAUCA